UUGAAAGUUAUCCUAUCUGAUGCCAAUGUUCCAGGUGAAGGUGAACAUAAAAUCAUGGAUUUUAUUCGUGGACAACGUUCCAGUCCUUACCAUGACCCCAACACACGACACGUCAUAUAUGGCUUGGAUGCUGAUUUGAUUAUGCUUUCGCUGAGUACACAUGAGCCUCACUUCAAAGUUCUGCGUGAAGAUGUCUUUUUUAAUGACGGCAGUUUUAAGGGUUGUUACAUAUGUGGUCGCAUGGACCACAUGGCCAACCAAUGUAGAGUUGAUUUAGUUACAACUCGCCCAAAAUCCAAAAACGAAGGAAAAAUUUUGAAUUACAAUAAACCAUACGUACUUUUAAAUAUAGAGACCCUUCGCGAGUAUCUUGCAGUUGAACUCAGAGAACCAUCUAUUCCUUGGCCAUUUGACUUAGAAAAUGCAAUUGAUGAUUGGGUGUUUCUUUGUUUCUUUGUGGGAAAUGACUUUCUUCCACACUUACCAUCCUUAGAAAUAAGAGAAGGCGCAAUAGAUACCUUGAUAUCUAUAUGGAAACGUUGUUUACCAUUAAUGCAAGGGUAUUUAACAAAUUGCGGAAAUGCAAAUCUAAAAAGGAUGCAGUAUUUGGUGACUGAAUUAGGUAAAAUGGAAGAUGAAAUUUUCAUUAGAAGGCACAGAGAUCAACAAAGGCGUACGUCGCAGCCCGCACCAAAGCGCCGGCGGAUUAAUGAUAAAUACUCUCCAACCGGAGUAUACCCCGCUUCAGGCUUAGAUCAUUUGCCUGUUGGCAUGCCACUUCUUCCUGUUAAAGGUCUUGACUCGCAAGUUCGAGCAAGAACAAACCAAGAUGUUGUUGUUAAUCGGCAAGCGUUACGAAUGGCUAAUUUAAAUGCCGCACAAUUAUUAAAGGCUGAAUUGAGUGGGAUAGAACCCUCAGCUCAUACGGCCACUUCUGAUGAGGCUCCUACCGAACAUUUGAGUACACUUCAAUCCUUUCAAACGACGAUAGAUACACCUAUGACUCAAUUUACAACUGAAACACCAGAAGUGGCUGCAGAUAAUGCGGAUACAUUAAUAUCAUCACAUUCUGUCGGGAUAAAAAGAAAGUCCGAGUUUUUGGAUGAUAAUAGUCAAGAAACCUAUAUUGAUACUAAAGAUAAAAAUGAAAUAGAAACACCUAGUCAAGCAAUUCCCUCAGAUGAUGCAGAACAAGAAGAUCCUGUUAGACUGUGGGAGCCUGGUUUUAAAGAACGAUAUUACAAGGAUAAAUUCGAUGUCGAGGUGUCUAAUGAACAAUUUCAUGAAUUUCGCUCAAA